UCAACAAAUGUCAAAUCCGUCAAAUCGUCAACACGUGUUUAGUAGUGUUUACCAACCACUGCUUAUAACAUUUUUAAAAUUUUUAAUAUCACCAUUAAAACUAAAUAAUAAUGCCUAAAAUAAGUAAUAUAGAUAAGCUCAAACAUCCUAACAGUAGAAAAACAAUAUCACUAGCAAAGAAAAUGCUGAAAAACGAGAAGAAAAACAACAAUAAAAUCGGAACCCACAUCAAACAAAACUUAAUCGGUGAGAAAAUCCUAUGGUUUAAAGAGAGAAUACCGGAAGGUUGCGUGGUUUUGGACAAAGAGCAGACCUUAGGAUUGAUUGAAACUUAUUUGGCGCGGUUUGAUGAAGAGUUAGAGCAGAUAAGUUUGAAAAAUUCUAUUGGUAGAAGGAAAAGUAGACAACAUGCAAGUAGAGAAGAUGUUAUCAAUAUAACUAAGAAGAGAGAGUGCGAAGAGUUCGCGACGUGCGGCCUGGAGAUGCCCGACUUGAUGGACGUCAAGCAAAUGGAGGUGCUAAGGAAUUGGAAUGGUGAACUUAGAUUUUUACAGCAUUUUAAGCUGAAAAGAGUAACUAGAAAACAUUUGACCUAGUUGUAGUAGACCUACCUACCUAACCUUAUUUUCAAACUAGCUUAAUUUAAAAUUAUACCCUACAACUGCUUGUAGAGAUGUAAAUGAUUUAUUGUAUAAAAUUAAUAAAGGUUUAUAUUUCUAUA